AUGGCUCAAUCUUCGUACGACCAAGGCGGCGAGGACUAUGACGAGAGCAGGCCUAUUUUCUACAUCGGGCAGCAUGAUUCUGCCCGACACGAGACCUUGACCGAUUUGCAAUAUGGUCAAGUGCUAAACGCCGGUUUCAGCUUUGUGACAACUCCUGUCACAAAUGAGAACUUUCGAAAGAGAGUCACUGAGCUGGCCGCAAAAAGCUGCGCCGAGCUCCAAAGUUCGGAGAUUCCAAGCUGCCACCCAGAUCCCAUCGUACCCCCGCUGACCACGGAGGAUACCUCGCUCUUCCCUGGUCCCGCCACCAGUGGGCUGAUUGCAUACUCGAGUCCUUGGAUUGACUUGUGCUCGGACAACCCUGCCAUCUCGAGUAUCUCAAGACAGGUUCUCAACCUCGAGGUUGCUUAUGCCAAUUUCUGCGGCGUACGUACAAUCAUCUUUCCUGGUCCGAGACAAGAUGCCGUCCAAGCCAACGGCAGCCGCGGAGUUGCGCAAUAUGCGCGAGCAGUGCAGGAGGCCAUGGUGGUCGGUACGCGCAUGAACUUUGUCAUUCACUUGCCCAUGUACAGAGAGCCAGGCUUGGAAGAGGCCACAAGUACUCUUACAUCCGAGCUUGAGAGUAGCAAGGAGACAGCGGCAAGUGGCGCACAAGAUAAUAUUGACAUAUUUAGCUCGUGGGACUCUUGGCACGUCAUUCGUUCAACGUGCAAUUAUGACACGAGACUCUUCGUUGCAAUUCGGAUGCCUCGACUUAUGCCGUCAAAGGAACUUCAGAACCGCUGGUUCUCUGAGCCAGUUCAGUACCUCACAAUCGGCCCAAAGGCCUUCCAGGCAAACAAGGGCGGCAACCCUUCGCUCUCUCGGCACCAUCAGGAAAUGAUCAUGAGCUAUAUGAAACUCAAGGUCGCCCCGUACUUCCUGCUUUGUGAUGUCGGUCCGGAAGUCAAGGAUGUUGAGGAGCCAACAGAGGCCCCCAAAACCGACGAGUUCCCAACUCUCGCAGAGGCGGCGAAGCAACCAAAGAAGGAGAACCAAGGAUACCCAGUCCAUAAUCGGUAUUCUUCUUACUUGCGCCACCUCGAACGGCAACAGGAGCCUCAUUCAGUCCUUGAGCAAGCCACACUCACCAACUUUCAGGACUGGUUGCAAUCUCCUCUGCAGCCUCUCUCGGACAAUUUGGAAUCUAUCACGUACGAAGUCUUUGAAACAGACCCGGUCAAGUACCACCAGUACGAGCUAGCCAUCGCUCAAGCUCUGGCUGAAUGGUCGCAUCAACGUAAGCCCACUUCUUCUCCCACUGGAGAAGUUGUCAUUGCCGUUGCUGGCUCGGGACGUGGGCCGCUCGUAACGCGUGCACUUCGGGCGAGCGAAAGCACUGGCGUACCUGUAAAGGUGUGGGCAGUAGAGAAGAACCCCAACGCCUAUGUCUACCUUCUUCGUCAGAACCAGAAAGUUUGGAAUGGACGAGUCACAGUCGUGAAGACGGACAUGCGGGCUUGGAAGGGUCCUAUCAUCGGUGGCACUGCCAACGAGCCAGAGUAUGGCAAUGUUGAUAUCCUGGUGUCAGAACUGCUGGGUUCAUUUGGCGACAAUGAAUUGUCCCCAGAAUGCUUGGACGGCAUUCAACAUGUGCUCGCAAAACCUCAUGGCAUCUCCAUCCCAGAAUCGUACACGGCGCACCUGUCCCCGAUUUCAACGCCCCGGCUCCAUGCGGACAUUAGCCAGCGGGCGCCUCUUGACGAGCAUGCUUUUGACACACCAUGGGUAGUCCGACUGUUCCAGAUUGAUUUUGUGAGCCAGCGUGUACCUGGCCACGGAAGAUUUCAGCAGGCCUGGGAGUUUAUUCACCCACUGCCACAAUCUACUAUGGAAAUGAUUGAAGCGCGUAGAUCAGGAGGUGUGGUAGGAGGCGGCGGUGGCUCAAUGGCUGGAGGCGUGGGUGCCAAUGACCACAACUCCCGGCAUUGCCACUUGACCUUUGUCUGCCGGGAUAGAGGCGUCAUUCAUGGUCUUGCUGGAUACUUUGAGUCGGUUCUCUACCGUCCCAGAAUUGAAGGUAAAGAAUUGGUAGAGCUCAGUAUUCUGCCUGACAACAUUCAACGCAAGAGCAAGGACAUGAUUUCCUGGUUUCCCAUUUUCUUCCCACUCAAGAAACCACUAUAUCUGCCGCCAGACGCAGAGGUCGAGGUGAGCAUGUGGAGACAGACCGAUGAUGCAAAGGUCUGGUACGAAUGGAUGGUUGAGACCUACAUGUGGGUUAGCGAGACACAGCGGAUCAAAGUGGGAGAGUCGGAAAUGUGCAGCAGCCGCAAGAUAGCCUGCGUAAUGUAA